AUGAUUGCAUCAACACUGAGGCUUUUAGCUGCUGCAGCCAUACUUGCAACUAUCCUUCCGGUUGACUCCAAGAAAGUUGUAUUCUACCCAGCACCUACUGCCAGCUACGUCAUCUACCACUCCAACAUCGCCUCAUCCAUGUCUAGUCUCGGUCACGAUGUGUGGAUCUGUCUGCCUCGCUAUCUUGUGGUCAAGAACUUGGUCAAGGACCCGGCCAUCAAAAUUGUGGAGUACGGCAAAGAUUUGGGUGACAUGGUUGCCAAAUUGUUAAUAAGCACUGGGUUACUUGAUAAUUUUUGGGAUGGUAAACAGUCAGAAGGACUGAUGUAUUUAUAUAAAAUCUUUCAGGAAUAUAUGAAAAUAUCGGCCGCGAUCAUGUCUGAUGAAUCAUUUCUAGAACAGGUUAGGAACAUACAAGCGGAUUUAUUUGUUUUAGAUUCAACAGGCCCAAGCAUAAGCAUGAUUGUGCUGCCCUACAAACUGGGCAUUCCUUAUGCGCUGGUCGGAACAAUGCAUGACGUCAUUGUGGCCAGGGUACCGUUUAGCCCUGCAGCCACACCUCCUUUCCCAAGACCCGGCUUCAGCGACCAGAUGUCUUUCAGUCAACGACUGCAGGCCACGAUAUUGUCCGCGGUUCUGAUGACUUUUGAAAUAUGUUAUGAUAGUAAUCUAGUGUCCACGUUUGUCCCAGAGAAGCCGUAUAUUUCUAUAACCAAUCUGGCAGCAAAAGCGGAGAUCUUCAUUGCUGAACUGGAUCACAUUCUCGACUAUCCCCGGCCUAUGCUACCAAACACCAAACUGAUCGGAGGGUCUUCGGCCUCUGCUGCCAAACCUCUGGCCGCGGAGUUUCAGAAAUUUGUGAACGAAUCGAAACACGGCAUUGUUGUUGUUUCGUUCGGAAGUGCAGUUGUUGACAUACCCCCGGUCAUCAGUGAAAAAAUGACGGCGGCUUUCAACCAACUUGACCAGAGAGUCGUGUGGAGAGUUAAUAUCACCUCUCCUGAGCCCAACCACAUCAUGACCUCCAAGUGGAUACCGCAGAAUGAUCUUCUGGGUCAAGAGAAGACACGACUUUUUGUAUCCCAUUGUGGCAAAAACGGACAGUACGAGGCUCUCUACCACGGAGUUCCCAUACUCUGUCUGCCCAUUUAUGGCGAUCAGUUUUACAAUGCCGAAAGGAUUCGAAUCAAAGAGUUCGGUCUGUCUGCUGACGUCCGGUCAGUUAGCGCUGACCAGUUGGCGGAUUUAAUGAAGCAAAUUAUCAAUGAAAGCAAGUACACUGGCAAUAUGAAGAAGGCGUCUCGUUUGUACCGUGAGUUGUACAAGGUUUCGAUGAAAGAAGCUGCCUUUUGGCUGGAUCACGUGAUGACGUAUGGCGGAAAUUAUAUGAGAUCUUCAAGCCAAAAGAUGCCUCUAUAUCAGUUUAUGCUUUUGGAUGUGCUGUCUGUCAUCCUUGGCUUCAGCUGCCUCCUAUUGGUGCUGCUAUUUUUCCUUGUCAAGCUUUGCUGCAGAUGUUGCAGGAGGAAGGGCAACAACGCCAAAGUAAAACAAUCUUAG